AUGGCCGCCUCCACCAUGUCUGUCUGCUCUGACGCCUGCACCAACUCCUCCUGGCAGGUGGACGACUGCCCAGAGAGCUGCUGUGAGCCUACCUGCUGUGCCCCCAGCUGCUGCCAGUCCAGCUGCUGCCAGCCCAGCUGCUGUGUGCCCAGCUGCUGCCAGUCCAGCUGCUGCCAGCCCAUCUGCUGUGUGCCCAGCUGCUGCCAGCCCAGCUGCUGCCAGCCCAGCUGCUGCCAGCCCAGCUGCUGUGUGCCCAGCUGCUGUGUCCCAUCCCCCUGCCUGACCCUCAUCUGCACCCCAGUGAGCUGUGUGUCCAGCCCCUGCUGCCAAUCUGCCUGCAACAGCUGCUGCACACCCUCAUGCUGCCAGCAGUCUAGCUGCCAGCCAGCUUGCUGUACCUGCUCCCCCUGUCAGCCAUCCUGCUGUGUGCCUGUCUGCUGCAAGCCUGUCUGCUGCAAGCCUGUCUGCUGCACACCCAUCUGCUCUGGAUCCUCCUCAUGCUGCCAGCAGUCUAGCUGCCAGCCCUCAUGCUGUCAAUCCUCCUGCUGUCCCUGCUCCAGUGUGUCCCUGCUCUGCCGCCCUGCCUGCUCCCGCCAGGCCUGCUGUGGCCUCUCCUCGGGCCAGAAGUCCAGCUGCUGA